UGCUCUUUCCGACUGGAUUUCGGUUUCGCUAGUAGAGCGCGUGCUUCCCACGCAGGCACGCAGCCGACACACAUGGCUUCCACGCCACCAACGGUCAAGGCCAUAAUGCAGCGAUUCGCGAGAUUGUGAGAGAUUUGUGCGGUUCCCAUUGACUUGCUGCUUGCCCGAUGUUUGACUUGUGAUGAGUUGGGCACGAUGGCUGGGGUUCCAAGCCAUUGGCUCAAUAUUGCGGAUUGCUGCAUGUUCACACCAAGAGGUUUCCAUGUCGAAGGUCUCCAGAAGCUGGCCGCUCACACAAGGUUGUCGCCGAAGACCACAAAUGCAGGGACGCGCUGAGCGAGAGACGGGAGAUUGUGCGAGGACAACGUCUUGUUUGUGUCACGGUGUUUCACAGCAAGGCCAGCUCGGCGAGAGCCUCGGUCAAGCGGCUCCUCCUCGUGACGGUUUAGCAUGCUCAGCGACAUUCAAUCCCAAGGAGAGGAUUUACGCAAGAAACCGCUGGACAUGUGGAUAUGUCCGAUGCUUCCUUUCCACCGUAUGUUUGUGGUACCCGUAAAUAGAGGGUGUGUAAGUCGGACAAAGCCGCCCAGGUAUGCAUAGCGGUUGCGGCUAACGUCUUGACAGGAUGAGUGCCUACUGGCUUGUGCCAGGUUGGCAGCGCUGGGAGAAACGCUGUGGUGGCAAGUGAGGUAGAGGUACCCAGACAUGUGCCGUCUCACUUGCAAUUU